UUAAUCUCUUUGCCUCAAAGUAUGAAAUACCUCACUGCAUUAGAGAUUCUUCACAUCGAGGAUUGUGAAAACCUCAAUUUGAUGAUGGAGGAAGGGAAAGCCGAUCAAGACUUGUCUCGAUUCAGCCUGCAAAGGCUGAUACUCAAAAAGUUACCAGAAUUGGUAGAGUUUCCAGAAUGGCUUCUUCGAGGAUCCACCAACACUCUGCAACUCUUAAAAGUAAGAUGGUGUGAUAACCUCAAAGAAUUGCCUAGGUGCCUACAGAAUAUAGUAUCUCUUCAACAACUUGUGAUUGAAGAUUGUGAUGGAUGGAGCGAAAGAUGUGAACAUGGAAAAGGUGAAGAUUGGUCCAAGAUUGCUCAUAUCCUAAAAUUGUUCUUGACGGUUCUGAGAUCAAUUCAACAGAUGAUUCUUCAACAAGUGAAGGUUAGAUAUCAUGGCAACUCUGCUGAAAAUGCCAACCGCUGAAUGUAACAAUAUAUGUAAUUGAUGUUUUGCUUGUGCUGUGUUGUAAAUUGCCAAUACAUGUGUUUUAUAUUGUAAAUAAUGCAUAUGAAACUUGUUAAUCUUCCAUUUGAUCUCUAAACUGUUGUUUCUUUUACUUUUAUAUUGUAACUAUAAAAACUAUUUAUAUUUGCGAUAGUGCUUCAUCUUUGUUUAUGAUCAAGUCCUAAGAAAUUUUGCUCAUGAUGGAAAGAUGGUUAUUUUCUCUGCUCACCAACCCAAUUUCGAUGUCUUUGAUCGGCUCGAUGACCUCUUCCUCCUUUCUGGCAGAGAAGUUUUUUAUUUUGGAGAAGCAAAGAUGGCUACAAAGGUGAGCUAAGUUCAAAUUUGAAUUAUAUUUGUUCAAUAAAAGACAAAGGUAUAGUAUCAUGUU